AUGCUCGCUUACAUACAUUACAAAACGGAAUUUACACAGUUCAUUGUCGAGUCACAUCGAGAUACUCCUGAAAACAAUCCUUCAGUCCCGUUUGAGUUCACACCCGAGAACCUGAAACGCGCCGAAACGAUAAUUGCUAAAUACCCACCACAGUACAAAAAAGCCGCUGUGAUACCGCUACUUCAUUUAGCGCAGCGACAGUUCGGCUGGACCAGUAUAUCUGUAAUGAAUUAUGUGGCAAAGUUUCUCGAGAUACCACCAAUGAGGGUAUAUGAGGUUGCUACGUUUUAUACGAUGUUUAACCGGGAACCAGUUGGCAAGUAUUUUCUUCAACUCUGCACCACCACACCAUGUCAGUUAUGUGGAUCGACUGAAAUUUUGAAAACUAUCGAGAACCACUUGGGAAUUAAAGUUGGACAGACGACACCUGAUAAUCUUUUUACAUUGGUUGAAGUAGAGUGUGCGGGUGCUUGUGUAAACGCUCCUGUGUUGACCGUGAAUGAUGAUUAUUAUGAAGAUCUCACUAAAGAAACAACAAUUAAAAUUCUCGAUUCACUAAAGAAUGGCAUUAUACCUAAACUUGGACCACAGACCGGACGACAUACAUGUGAACCAAAGGGUGGCUUAACUUCACUUACUACUGAACCGUAUGGUCCAACUUUUGGGAUUAGAUCUGAUCUAUGA